AUGACGGCACUGGUAAACACCAAGUAUGCAGGAUCACAUACCUUCUCUGCCUCGAUAGACGGUCAAUUAAAGUCUAUAGGGACGCCAGUAGUAGCUAGGAAACUAUCCAUCUCAGAGGAAUAUAUAGCAGACAUAAAAACGUCAGAUGAACUCUUCCCAGGGAAACAGACAAAAGCCAUCACAAAUCCGUUAUCACCACUUAAAACACCAUCAACCUCAGAUAUUAUAUUGGAAGAUGACAGCGAUAAUAAAGAACCAGAGAUUCUGAACGAGAAAGCAACAAGCCAGAAGAAAAGUAAGAAGACAGAGAAUGAAGGAGAGAAAAGAAAGAAAAAGAAUAAUCACCAGGAACAGAAGGCUAAGAAAAUAAAGCAAGGAGAGGGUGACAAGGAACAGGACGAGGAAAUCAGACUUAAAGAGGAAGAACAAAGGAAGCAGGAAAAACAAAAACAGGAUGAGGAAAUGAGACUAAAGGAGGAAGAACAAAAGAAAAGGGAAGAACAGAAACAGGAGGAAAUUAGACUGAAGGAGGAAGAACAAAAGAAGCAAAAGGAAAAACAGAAACAGGAGGAGGAAAUCAGACGGAAAGAGGAAGAACAAAGGAAGCAGGAAAAACAAAAACAGGAUGAGGAAAUGAGACUAAAGGAGGAAGAACAGAGGAGAAGGGAAGAACAGAAACAGGAGGAAAUUAGACUGAAGGAGGAAGAACAAAAGAAGCAGGAAAAACGAAAACAGGACGAGGAAGUCAGACUAAAGGAGGCAGAACUAAAGAGAAAGGAAAAACAGAAACAGGAGGAGGAAAUCAGACGGAAGGAAGAAGAACAAAGGAAGCAGGAAAAACAGAAACAGGACGAAGAAGAAAGGUUGAAGGAGGAAAAGAGGAUACAAGAAGAAAAACACAAUGAAGAAAGUAAAAGAAAGGAACUGAAAGCAUCAGAAGAUCGGGGCACAGAUUGUACAACUCUAAACGGCAACAUUACCGCAAGUGAACGGGCAAGGACACUUCUUAGGAAAGGUGGCAUGCCACUUUUCCCAGCUGGGAGAAGGGAGUGGAAUCAAGAAGAAGUCAUCCCACUGAUUACCAUCCCAGCAGUUGUUAGUUGGCCACAUAAAAAUUGGAAAAAGAUAACUCCAGAGCAAAAGUAUUUUAAUUGGGAGUAUGCCAGUAUUGCUCUGGAGUUGAACUCGGGAAAGCAAUUACAAUUCUCAAAGGAAGAGUUGCUACUCAAGUACCACUUUUUAGCAUUACCAGGCACCAAAACACCGACAGGAAGUGAAGAAAACACAAUGGCAACCAAAUCUCGGUUUUAUUUAUAUCAAGCUUUGGCUUACAUAAUAAAGAGUGACAAAGAAGACGCAUCAACUGUACAAACAUUAAAGAUGUUAGAAACUGCAGUGAAGGAAAGAGAUAACUCCGCAGACGAUGUGAUAAAGAGAAUAGAUGCUCUUGAUAUUCCCUUGAGACUAGGAGAAGACAAUUGA